AUGACCACGCCAGCAAGCGAGGCUGCUGGUGAAGGCCACUUUGCUGCAGUGAAGUGGCUGGUGGAUCAUGGUGCGAAUAUCAACGAGGAAGGUUUGCAUGGAACGGCAUUGCACGGAACUGCCGCUGCUGGGAAUUUCGAGAUGGUAAAGUAUCUGGUGGAGAAGGGUGCUGAUGUGGAUAAGACGGAAGUCACCUCUGCAUCCAAAGGAGACCAGCUUAGCCUUGUGAGAUACCUGAUUGAAUCUGGCGUGGAUGCCCAGUGCACGAACCUCCGAGGACGGAAUGCACUCCAGGAGGCCAGUGCUGCUGGAGCUAUCGUUGUGACUGAUUUCCUGCUUUCUCAUGGAGUGGACCUCCAGCAAGCGGACAAGUUCGGCGCGACGCCCGUCUUGGAAGCAUCUCGACACGGUCGUCUCGAGAACUUGCGUCGUCUCCUGAAGGCAGGAGGGAGCGUUAGUGAUGUGAAUAUCGCUGGCCAGACAGCUCUCCACCUCGCUGCGCAGGGCGGACACAAGGAAAUCUGUCGAUUGAUACUCGAGUAUGACGCAGAUGUCGACUACCGUGAUAAGCGGCGCUGCACAGUGCUGCCUCCCGUGGUCAUGCUGAAAUCGUGGAGUUGUUGA